UCAUGACUUCAACGAACACCUCCCGACAAACUCUACGACAGACUGACUUUCUCCCAUCCCGUUUCUCGGGUGGUAAACUUGAUAGGGACAACUCGACUGCGCACUUCUUGACUUUCGACGACUAUCUAGAUGCGCAUGACAUUGACAAAGCCGACCCCGACCAAUUCCAGACAAUACUGCGAACAUUUAGACGGACUUUACAAGGACAGGCGCGACUUUGGAUUGACGGACUUCAAUUUAAUACGUAUAGCGACCUUAAGGAUGGGUUCAUAAGACGGUUUAGUCCCGCUAAAUCGUCAUAUAGCCAUGUGACAGACUUCAAAAAUAUGACCAUGACGAAUGACGAGAGCGCAGACGCGUUCUUGCAAAGGUUGCGAACAACAGCAGCCUACAUCGAAUAUGGGGAAACCCAGAUUAGGCAUAAGUUGUUGGAUUCUUUGCCAUCAGACUGCCGUGCGACCAUACUAAUGACCGCCCCCGACCUGACCUCAGAAGAAAUAGCGGCGAAAGCCCAACUAUUUUUAGACCUCAAUGAUAGACAGACUAAGCCGACCAAGGAGUUAUCUUUCUCUGCUCAAGAGGAAAUAGAUCAAUUAAAGGAGCAAAUACACUAUUUAAACCUCAAGACAGACAGAGACAAUGAUAAUAAGCCGAAAUCCCCCACCCAACGACCCCCAACCCCACGACAACCCCGGGGGGUUAUGCCAACCAUCAAUACUACCCACAACAACAACAACAGCCCCAAUAUCAACAACCCCACUGUCAACAACAACCCCAAACUCAACCACGCCCACAGGAUUUUUAAGACGGGAGAGAGCCAAUAG